AAUAAACAAGGUGGUGGUUAACAAAGCCAUUGAAUAGGUCCAGUAAUUCUGAGAUGGAGGAUAGAGUAUGGAAUGGGUACCUGGUGUCUCAUGUAUACAAAGAUUCCUGUAAAGGCAUACAAGAUGUUGCCCACGGCCCCUAGCAAAUUUGGUGGCAGCUUGUCCACUUGGAUGUACAGAUUUUAGCUGUCCAAGUACCCUUUCGGCUAAGUUCCCCGGACCGUCAAGGCAGUUAGCCACCAUCUUUCCGUCUCCACAUGCUGUUCUGUUCACCUUGACCUUUUAGCGUCAGAUCUUGCCUGCUUUGAUGCUGCUUUUAACCUGUGAACCUUCACUCCAUCCACCCGAGCCAGGCCGAUGGCUACCGAGCUCAACACGGACGAUGGCCGUUGUUUGGUCAUCGAAUGGAAAAGCACGGUGAUUGAAAUCCCAAGAUCCCAGUAUCGACAAGCUUACUGUCGCGGCAAGCUUGUGAAGACAGCUGCCCGCGCAACAAACGAUCUGUCCCUGUAGCGCCUUGCUAUGAGGGAACGGGAGUAACGAAAGCCAACUUGACCAAGGUAGGUAGGUAGGUGCCUGACUUGAUUAAAUAUGAGAGCUGUGAACUCUUUCACAGGUGCACUUAAACAAUCGUCGGACUUCGAUGUACGGGCUGGUCUCGGCGCACGUAGUACGUUGGCAAAGUACAGUGCGGUGUUGCAUUUGACAUUCAUUUGCAGGGAUAUCUUCAUCUUCCCCAGGCCCGGUGCCGUCACUGACGCGGAGGCGCCCCUCGGCCCUCGUCCGAGGCACGUUACGCCUUCAGGAAUUUGAUGUGCGGAGCACCAGCUGCUUCAGUGUUAACAUCUAUAUAACUGCCUUGUCCCAAUCAUUCUGCCCUUCAAUACUAGCUCUCCCAAUAAUUUACUCUCACCUAUCAAGAUCGAGCUUUUUCCCGAACCCUACACUUGUCUCAUUCAAACUUUGCGCAAAGCAUCAGAGUUACUUGCAAGCGCCGUCACUGGCACCUCAUUACCGGAGACAUCGUCGACACGUGAAAGUGCUGGCGGCAGUACAUAAUACCCAUUAACCUUUCACCUCUCCUCAUCCUCCAUCAGUCAAACCAAGAACUGUUCUCCAUUUGCGAUCACAAUGGCCUCCGUCGAUUCUGUCCUUCAGGGUGUCUCCGUCUCCGGCAAGGUUGACGACAUCCACCGCAAGAUCCUCACGCCCGAGGCUCUCGCCUUUCUUGCACUGCUGCACCGUUCCUUCAAUGAGCGACGCAAGAAUCUCCUUGAGCGCCGCAAGGCUCGCCAGGCCGAGCUUGAUCGAGGAGUUCUCCCUGACUUUCUUCCUGAGACUAAGCAUAUUCGCGAGAACCCUACGUGGAAGGGUGCCCCUCCUGCCCCGGGCCUGGUGGACCGUCGUGUUGAGAUCACCGGCCCCACAGACCGGAAGAUGGUUGUCAACGCACUAAACGCCAACGUCUACACUUACAUGGCUGACUUUGAGGACUCCAGUGCCCCAACUUGGGAUAAUAUGAUUAAUGGACAGGUCAACCUGUACGAUGCCAACCGCCGUCAGGUCGACUUCAAGCAGGGACAGAAGGAAUAUAAGCUUCGUACCGACCGCAAGCUACCUACUCUCAUUGUCCGCCCUCGUGGCUGGCACCUCGAGGAGAAGCAUGUCACAGUUGAUGGCGAGCCUAUCUCUGGUUCCCUCUUCGACUUUGGUCUUUACUUCUUCCACAAUGCCUUUGAGACGCAGCGUCAGGGCUUCGGUCCUUACUUUUACCUUCCAAAGAUGGAGAGCCAUCUUGAGGCUCGCCUUUGGAACGACGCCUUCAACCUUGCUCAAGACUACAUCGGUAUGCCCAGAGGCACCAUCCGAGGUACUGUUCUGAUUGAGACCAUCCUUGCCGCUUUCGAGAUGGACGAGAUCAUUUAUGAGCUUCGCGACCAUAGCUCUGGUCUCAACUGCGGUCGAUGGGACUACAUCUUCAGCGUUAUCAAGAAGUUCCGCAACAACCCGAAUUUUGUCCUGCCAGACCGUUCCGCGGUCACCAUGACUGUUCCCUUCAUGGAAUCAUAUGUGAAACUUCUGAUCCAGACAUGCCAUAAGCGUGGUGUUCACGCCAUGGGUGGUAUGGCUGCACAGAUCCCUAUCAAGAAUGAUACUGCUGCCAACGACAAGGCUAUGGAGGGUGUCCGCGCUGACAAGCUCCGUGAAGUCCGUGCUGGACACGACGGCACUUGGGUUGCCCACCCUGCUCUUGCAAGCAUCGCUACCGAGAUCUUUGACAAGCAUAUGCCAACUCCCAACCAGCUGUUUGUGAGAAGAGAGGAUGUUACCAUUGGCCAGAACGAUCUGCUCAACAUGAACGUCCCCGGUACCAUCACGGAAGAGGGAAUCAAGAAGAACCUCAACAUUGGUCUUGGUUAUAUGGAGGCAUGGAUUCGCGGAGUGGGUUGUGUCCCCAUCAACUACCUCAUGGAGGAUGCUGCCACCGCCGAAGUCUCUCGAAGUCAACUUUGGCAAUGGGUCAAACAUGGCGUUAACACUGCUGAAGGCAAGCGUGUUGAUAAGUCGUAUGCUUUGAAGCUGCUCAAGGAGAGUGCUGAUCAGCUUGCUGCGUCUGCCCCCAAGGGUAACAGAUACCACCUUGCUGCUCAAUACUUCUCUAGUCAGGUCACUGGAGAGGAUUAUGCCGACUUCCUCACAACUCUUCUCUACAACGAGAUUACUCAGGCCGGACCUCCCAGCCCUGCUUCUAAGCUAUAAAUAAAUUUGUAUUCCAAAAAGGGGGGAUCAAAAUAGGCAUAAUGGAUCUAUCGAGCGUUUCAUGAGUGUAUGCAUAAUUCAGACUUUUUCCAAUAUGUUGUGGUUUUGGGUCAUGAUAUCAUUUGUUAUUUACACAGCCAAGGACUGGCAUUCAUCUACGACAAAAAGAGGUCAUUCUUUUAAUAAUUCAAAAUCUGUGACCAGUAAAUCACCAGUAUCAAG